AUGGGGAUCGCCGAUAGUACCGAUGACGAGAAGAUCACAGACUACCUUGAGAAUUAUCAGCAGAAUGCCAUUCAGUAUAGUAAUGGAAGAUACACUGCCCAGUUACCAUGGAAACAAGACCAUCCUCCACUUCCCACAAACUACCAGAUUACCAAACGCAAAACCGAGAACACUAUCAGGCGACUAAGUGCAGAGCCAGAGAUACUGCAGAAGUAUGGCGAGAUCAUCGCAGAACAGGAAAGAAGAGGCUUUAAAGAGAAAGUUGACGAAGAUUCCCAGACAACAAGAGUGUACUACAUACCCCAUCACCCAGUGAAAAAGGAUUCCUCUACCACCCCAUCAGAAUUGUGUAUGAUUGCAGCUGCCGAAAAUCCCGUGAUGAGCCGUCCCUGA